AUGACAGGAUAUGGCGAAGUCUCCCUGUCCGGCGACUGCGUGACCGACGCCGUCCUGGCCGCGCUCGGCGCCGCCAACGGCCCGCAGCUGCUCAGCCUGCGCGUACAGUCGGCCGGCGCGGUCACGGACACAGCGCUCGCCGCGCUGUUCGCCGCCGCGCCACGGCUGCGGCACGUGCAGCUGGCCGACCUCGGGCCGCACGUCACGGGCGCCUUCCUGCCGGCACUGCUGGGCAGCUGCCGACACCUGCAGUCCCUCCACUUGUCGGGCGUCCCGGGGGUCGAUUGGUCGCGCAUGGACUGGGCCCGCGCGGCGCCCGCGCCUGCGCCCGCCGCGCCCGCCCCCGCGGCCUGCCGCGCGCUGCGGCUGCCUUCGAGCGCCUGCGAGGAGGCGGGCGCGGGGCCGGCCGGUCGCGGGGGGCGCGGGGCAGACGCGGCGGGGGACCAGCCGUGGCCGGCGUCCCUGGGCGCGGUGGCUGCGGCCAGCAGCAGCGGCCGCGGGCCGGCGCUGUCACCCCCGGCGUCGCCGAUGCAGCAGCACUACAUGCAGUCGUCGCCGCUGGGCGGCGGGCCAGAGCAGCAGCAGCACGCGGGCGGCGGGCGGGAGGCGGGCGCGGGGGGCAGCGGCGCCGCCGGCGCCAGCGGAGGCUCGGCGAGUGACGGCGGCGGUGUUGUCGCCUGCAACAGCAGCAGCAGUAGCAGUAGCGCCGCCGCCCCGGCCGCGCCGCGCCUCCCGCUCCCUGCGGCGCACCCCGCCGCCGCCACCACUGCUGCGCCACCGCCCGCGCCCGUGCGGCAGCCACCACCCGCGCCGGCGCUGGCGCGGCUGCACGUGCGGGGGGCGCGGCUGGACGGGCUGCCGCGGCUGCUGGCGCUGCUGCCAAACUUGACAGAGCUCGAGCUCGACGGGCCAGCAGUCAACAUUCAAGUCGCGUCGGUCACCUGGUGA